UGCCAGCGCCUCAGUCUUCAUCCGACGAUCAUCCAUGUGAGUGAGAUAUACCGCGAAAAGUUCACGGUGUCGAUCGUAAAAGGGUUUUGUGCUGAAUUCCAAGAUGUACAGAUUGGAAAUUACACUCGCCGGUAUUCUACUGUUAUCGUCAGGACUAUGCUCUGCAAGAGAGCCUUAUUUCAGAAGUGUUCCAACCACAGUGAAGACAUCUGAGAAUGAUACCGUUUUACUACCUUGCUACGUAAACAAUUUGGGUUAUAAUUCUGUGCGAUGGUGGUGGGAGAAUCAACUGGUGGCAGAUUCAAGUAAUCCCAGGCUUUUGUCACCACCACGAAUCAAAAUGCUGCCCAACAACACGUUGCAAGUGUCAGACCUCCAAACUGAGGAUACCGGAGAGUACAAGUGUCAGAUAGUUCGACCAGAACCUUGGGGUCCUAUCCAACAGGUUCAUGCAAUUGAGGUUCUGUAUCCACCAUCAGUAACUACCAUCCCUGAAGAUGGUCUUUUGGAGGUGCAACUAGGGGAAGAAGUGCUUAUGGGCUGUAAAGCUUCAGGGGUACCACACCCCAUUGUAACAUGGUCUAAUGAGGGAGAAGAGAUGCAACUUUUGGACAACCGGCCUAUGCUGCGAUUUCAGGCACAUACCAGGCACUUGGCUGGACUGUACAAAUGCAUAGCUAUGAAUGGGGUUGGUAGCCCUGCAACAGCUACCAUACACCUCAGAAUAUUCUUUCCUCCUGAGAUAGAAGUGGAACGAGCAUGGGUCCAUGCUGCACCAGGUGUCAGAUCAGAGUUAUCGUGUAAUGUCCUUGCUGAUCCUGAUGCUAAGGUGAUGUGGCUGAAAAAUGACAUUCCAGUGAUCACCAGUACACGUGUAGUAGAGCUGUCAACAAACAACAAACAUACCCUUCUAUUCCGCACCGUCCAUCCAUUAGACUUUGGGUACUUCAAAUGUCGAGCCACAAAUGCACUUGGUGCCAAUGAACAAGUCAUACAAUUGUCAGGUGUUUCAAACACAGCAGUGUUUAAGAAUGAGUCAGGUGUAUCAUCAGAAACAAACUACACUCUGGUAUGGGAAGUUGACAGCUAUUCGCCCAUCAUAGAGUACAAUCUGCUGUUCCGGAGAUAUUUUCCACACACAAAAGGACACAACUGGGCAAAAUUGGUCAUUCCAGCAGACAGCUCUUCACCAGGACCUAUCCACAGCAAAUCCUACACUCUCACUGGGCUUUCCAUUGCUACUAUCUAUGAGGCAGUAAUUACUUCAAGAAAUAGGUUUGGCUGGAGCAAGCCAUCAGCGAUACUGAGAUUUGGUACUAAGGGAGCUGACUUUGGAUACAAUAAACAUGUACUUCCAACAGGAUCAAAGUCUGAAGAUAACAUUAACAGAGCUGAGUUAGCUGCCAUCCUGCGACAGCCAAACUUGGGAACACCUACACAGUCUUCAUUUAUUUUUACAAUGUUAUUCUUGAUCAUACUACUUCAUGUAUAAAGAUUGUAUUCUAUUGUACUCAUGACUGGUUAUCAAAUAACAAGGAAAUAUUAAAUGGCUUCUUUAUACAAGAGUGAGUCAAAAAUUAUCUGCACUCUGGCUGUAGAAUUUAUUUUAAUCAACUUUUAGAAAAGACAAACACAUCAUUUUUCGACACAAUCUCCUUGCUUUUCAAUACACUUUGUCCAUCUGUCAACUAGCUUUUGUAUUCCCUUAUCAAAAAAAUGUUUUAGGCUGAGCUGCAAGCCACGAAUGCACCGCUGUCUUCAAUUCUUCAUCAGAGGUGAAUCUUCGUUCUCAAAGGGCUGUUUUCAGGGGACCAUUCAUGGCCGACACUUGUGCGACUUUCCUUGAAUUUCUCUAUACAUUCAUACACACUUCUUCGCGACAAAACACUUUCUCCAUACUGUGCACAAAGUCUUCGAUAAAUAUCGGCACCAGGCACACCCUCAGACCACAAUAAACGCAUCACUGCACCCUGCUCUUCUUUCGUGCAAAUCACAAGUGGGGCAUCCAAUUUUUCUCGCACCGUAGUUACAAAUGAACUGACGUAACACGUUCACACCUGCACAGCAGAGACCUUGAACAGAAAGUGCUGAUGAGACAGAAGUUUUAAUAUAACCGGAGUGCGGAUAAUUCUUGACUCACCCUCGUAUAUGGCUAGCUAAUUUCAUUUAAUGUCACUGGAAUUUUUCGCUGUCAAUGCUGUGGGAUCUUGUAAUUAGAUACACAGAUGUCUGAAGUAAAUCCGGAAGGGCAAACUCUGACUUGCAACAUUAUAAAACAUUAUACAUAAAAAUAUGAUCUUUCUUCCACCAGUUACAGACGCAUUUCUGAUAUCUAUGGCAUAAUUGUUUGCCUGAGCAUCACAGUUAAGUCCUGACAAUAAAUGAUCUGAAGCUUU